CUGUCGGAGGUCAAAAUUUACAUGGCUGGGAAGAAAAUGUGGCGGUUGAACACGGUUUUCUUUAUCUUAUUGGUCAUUUCACGGUGUCCUGAGGACGGCCAAGGUCAAACGGAUGGAGACAUUCGCCUUCAAGAUGGAGACACACAGUACCAAGGACGUGUAGAGAUCUACCACAGCGGGGAGUGGCGCAGGGUGUGUGAGGAGGGGUGGGGACUUAACGACGCCAAAGUUGCGUGCAAGCAGCUAGGCUACGAGGAUGCCCACACGGCAAAUAUCAACUUUAACCCCAGAGGUACAGGAUCCUAUUGGUUGUCCGACAUCAAUUGCGCCGGAACUGAAGAGGGUUUGUACAACUGCUCUUCUCGAGGGUGGGGCACCAUCAACACUAAUUGCGGCACCGGAGACUACGACGAUGCCGGGGUCAUCUGUAAAGCACCUGGCGAUGGUGCCGUUCGCCUAGUGAAUACAACUAGCCCCUACGAAGGCCGUGUUGAGGUGUACUAUGGCGGGGAGUGGGGACGUGUGUGUGAAUACAACUGGGGUUUAAAUGAUGCCAAAGUGGUUUGCAGGCAACUUGGCUUGGCUGGGGCACAUACAUCUUUUACAAGCUGGAGUCCGCGAGGCACUGGUAAAUACUGGGUGUAUAAUGUAAACUGUGGAGGAUCAGAGUCCAAUAUAACUCAAUGCACCCACGGUGGAGUUGGCGUCGUUUCAUCCAGCAGUUGUCGUCAAAGUUACUACGACGACGCCGGGGUUAUAUGCCAUGGAGACGGUGACGGUGCCUUGCGUCUUAUUAAUACAUCAAAUGCUUACGAAGGUCGCUUGGAGAUCUUCUAUUCCGGGAGAUGGGGGAGAGUUUGUGACAACGGCUGGGACCUGACUAGCGCUGACGUGGCGUGUAAACAGCUUGGGUUUACCGGAGCCCACACACGAACAUUUGGUACGUCUCCACGGGGGACAGGUCGAUUCUGGAUACAUAAUUUGAAUUGCCAGGAAACAGAGGCGCGCUUGGCAGAUUGUUCCCAUAGCGGCGUUGGCGUCAGCAGCUCUUAUUGUUCCGAGUCUUCGUCAGAUGACGCCGGCGUUCUGUGUAAAGGGCCCAAUGACGGAGAAGUGAGAUUAGUAGGCAACUCACAGUAUCAUGGACGAGUGGAGAUAUUCUAUGCAGGUAGCUGGGGGAGAGUGUGUGAGAACUGGUGGUCACUGAAUGACGCCAAGGUGACCUGCAGACAGCUUGGCUUCAGUGGGAUGCUUACUUACGGGUCAAGUUGGACACCUAGAGGGACUUCCCGAGUUGUGCUAGACCAAUUAAACUGUGCCGGUACAGAAAGCAGAUUGGACGCCUGCACUCAUGGAUGGAUAGGCCACCCCAGUUCAUCGUACUGCUCGGCAACCUCUGCCGUGGACGCUUGGGUCGCCUGUGAAGCGCCCGACGAUGGUCAACUUCGUCUGGUGGAUGGAAAUGGCUACAACAGCGGCCGUGUGGAGAUAAAGUUUGCCGGAGAAUGGAGGCGCAUUUGUGACUAUGGAUGGGGAAGCAACGACGCCGCAGUUGUCUGCCGACAGUUGGGAUAUAGCGGAUACGUUAGUAGUGCAACAGGUUGGAGCCCCAGGGGAAGUGGAUCUUUUUGGCUGUCCUAUGUUAGCUGCUAUGGAACAGAGACCAACCUUACAGACUGCUCACACAGCGGGGUAGGGGUAUACAGCACCUAUUACUGUGGCUCAAGCAGUUACGAUGACGCUGGCGUCUACUGCCAGGGAUACUUACCGGGUGUUACUCCCCCAAGUACAACAACCACCACACCGACCACCACCGUUGCCAGCGGACCUAGAUGUUAUUCCUGCUUAGGCACCUCCUCGUGUAGCAGUUCACAAAAUAGUUAUUACUAUUACAACACUUAUAUCACGUGUUCUUAUGGAUACGUGUGUCACACGACAGCCUCGGCGUACGAAAGUUAUAAUCUCUUCUAUAGUUCCUCCACCAUUGCCUACAGCUACAGCCGCGGGUGCAGAAGUCAAUCGCUGUGUACCAGUCAGGAGCUGCAGGGUAAUACUUGUACGGGAACUGGGACCAGUAAAGUCUGCAGGCAGUGCUGCACUAGUAACUACUGCAACAGUGGUACACUGGAUACGUCCCAAACAAGCACCAACAACAGAGGAUCCAGUUCCCAGAGUGUUUGGUUUAACGUUCUCUACCCGCUUUUGUUCUUUAUCUUUGCUUGGAAUUAAAGUCACACAGCGUCCGCCUUACUCCAUAAUGUGACUGUUGUGACAGCAAACCUCUAAUUUCCUAACGGUUUUAAGUGAAGACUUUUAGCUUUCAACUUUUACACGGUAUUUUUAAAGUGCUCAUUACGGUUUUGUUAAACCUUUAUUUUUACAUAAUUUUCAAUGUGAUGUGUGCCUAAUUUAGAAUAGCAUGAAAAUGUGAAAAUGAGACUUUGUUACUGUUUUGUUUAUAUAUGUAUUUAUGUGAUGAUAAUAUCUUUCUGAAAUAUGUAUUAGUGUGAUUUGUGCCAAAUCUAUAGGAACGCAAAAGAAAAGUAUGCCUUUUCAUAAUUGUACUUUUUUGUUAAUUACAUAUGUAUUGAGUUUUAUCGUGAGGAUUACUUACAGUUGUGCAUCAUGUGUGUCAAACCAUAUUUCGGGCCAUAGCCUUGUAUAAAACUGCUUGAACCAAAUUAAAGAUGAUUAAAUAGAAAAAAAAAUUGUUUUGGAAAUAGUCAUUUAUCUCAACAUAAGAAUAACCAGUUUGCUUUAUUGUUUAACCGCAAUCAAUAUGAUCAUGUUCUUUCUUUUCCUAGCAACUGCACAUCCCCUUGCUGCCUCAGCUUCAGAUACUGCCGUUUUCUUACAAAGGUUAUUUUUUCCUAUACUUAACCUUAUCCGUUAGUUGGUGAAUUGUGAAUAAAUGUCUGUAAGUGGCGCCUCCUUUGUGUGAUCAUAAGGCAUUAUAUAUGCCCUUCUGGUACUUUUACCGGUAUUAUUACCUGGACUUAUUUCUAAAAGACUCUAUAGCUAUCGGGGUUAGCUUAAAGCCUGAUAGAAGCUGAACAUGUUAAGUUGGUUUUGUAUGUUUAGUUUAGAACUUUUAAAAACGACUGCCCCACAAUAAAAGUACCAGUUUGACAUACCCAAAUGAACUGACAAUGUAAGGACGAAGACAAUUAGCUCAAGGUGCGUAGUUAAGAUAUAUUAAAAACGAGGGGAUAUGCCUUAAGAUAUUGGGAACUUCAUCAUACUGGUAUUUGCUAGCUCUUGGUAUGACAGGAUUCCUAGCCCGCAAAACAAUCUAAACCAUUAUGAAAUUGACCCCUGCUAACGACUGGAUUUAGAAUGCUGCUAUAUGGGGUGGGUGGGUGAAGGUCGAUGAUUAUGAAAGUUCUUGCCUGUUGUACAAUAUCUAACAGUAGAGAGGAACAGCUUGCUACUCAAAAUAAGAAGCUCUGUGAUGCAACUUUCCGCUUUCCUUUAUUUUUAAAAACAGAGAAAAAUCACUGAGGCUAUGGGGAUCACGUGACCUACUGGGCCUGCUGCCCCUUUUUGCCGCCAUUGCUGCCACACCCAAUAGAACGUCAGGAUGAUGGAAGGGUA